AUGGCAUGCUGCACAUGGGUAGAGAUACGAGGCGGCUCGAGCUUGUUGGUCUGCCGGGUGGUUCUCAUAGCGGUGUUGUUGACGCUGCCGUUACAUGUAUUUUCACAGGAGUUGGCCCAGGCCAACUCCACAACGUCAAGCACAGCUCCUUCUGCCAUCUCGCUUUCUGCGCUUGAUUCAUCCACGUUUACCGUCGCAACAUCGAGCAGCCUAAGUCUAUCGACGACAAGCGUAGCCUCUGUUUCGUUCACUUCUUUCCCACAGUCCUCUUUACCCCUUACUAUUUUGUCGACUUCGUCUUCAUCGUCUUCGUCAUCUUCGCCAACUGCUAUAACAGAUUCGUCUUCGUCUAGUUUAUCCUCGUCGGGGAUCUUCUCCUUUUCCUCGUCGUCGUUGCCGCCGCCGUCAUCAUCAUCAUCAUCAUCAUCAUCAUCGUCGUCGUCGUCGUCAUCAUCACCAACUACUUUGUCCGUAUCUUCAACAAGAUCCUCCUUUAUAUCGACGACGGAAUCACCUUUAGCUUCUUCCUCAUCCUUUUCCAUUUCCUCUUCAAUAUAUUCGUCUAGCCUGGAAAGUUCAAGCUCUAUGCUACCUUCUUCGACCUCGGCUUUAACGUCUUCUACCUCAACUUCAUCGACUUCGACAUCUUCCAUGACACUUUCAACCUCAUCACCAUCCUCAUCCUUCUCCUCCUCGUUUUCUUCAUCCUCGUCUUCUCCAUCCUCGUCCUCUUCAUCAUCAUCAUCAUCAUCAUCAUCAUCAUCAUCAUCAUCAUCAUCUUCUUCCUCUUCUUCUUCUUCAUCAUCAUCAUCAUCUUCUUCAUCAUCAUCAUCUUCAUCAUCAUUAACAUCAUCAUCUUCAUCAUCAACGUCAUCUUCAUCUUCGUCAUCGUCAUUGUCUUCAGAUUUCUCGUCUUCAAUUACCUCUACAUCUGCUUCAUCCACCAUAACCCCAGCUUCACAGUAUUCAGACUUGAAGAAAACCAUAACAAGCAUUAUAGAGGGCCAAACAAUUCUUUCCAACUACUAUACAACUAUAACAUACUCACCAACAGCUUCAGCGUCUUCGAAAAAAAGCGCACAACACUCAGGUCUAUCUAAAAAAAAUCGCAAUAUUGUUAUUGGUUGUGUAGUUGGUAUUGGCGUUCCCCUCUUAAUUAUUUUACUAGUGUUGAUAUACAUGUUUUGCAUCCGGCCUAAGAAGACGGAUUUCAUUGAUUCUGAUGGUAAAGUUGUUACCGCUUAUCGUAGUAACUUCUUUAAAAGAGUUUGGUAUUUCUUAUUGGGUAAAAAAUUUGGUGAAACCGACAAAUUCAGCUCUGAUUCUCCUAUAGGCAACAACAACACUCAAACUUUUGACGAUAUUGAUCCCGAAGACAUACUUAACAAUGACAACCCUUACACCGCUAAGCAUAGAAACGUCGAAGGCUAUGACGAUGAUGAUGAUGAAAACUUGCCAUCUGCUUUUUAUAAUAGCGGGACCAAUGAUCAAUAUUCGCCUGCUAAAUCUGCGUCAUAUUCGAUGUCAAAUAGCAACGGUCAAGACGAUAGUGACCAAGAUCACGCUGAUGGAAUAAUACAUAAUGGAGAAAUCCAUCGCGUUUAUGAUGACAGCGAAAGCAGCAUCGACGAAAACUAUUACACAAGACCGAAUAACGGAUUAAACAUUACAAAUUACUAA